AGCGAGCGUAGUUCUCUUUUGAUAACUUGAAUGAGAUUCGACUGUAGUUGACCGAGAACCGCGUUCAAGUCGACACAAGAUGAUAUUGAUUUUCGAAGGCAUCCUUAUUCUUGCUCUGUGGCAUUCCAUUGAUAAUGCACAUAGAAUUGUGGUCGGAGCACCUGCUCCUUGCGAUGCCUACUGUUUCAACGAGCUGAUACCCCUGCACAACACCAUUGCCACACUUAAUCAUCGUUUGAGCGAAUGCGAGACAAUGCAAUCGGUCAAUGCGAGUGCCAGACUGGAUAAAAUUGAUAAAGAGUUAAAGACACACAAAGUAAGGUUGUUGGCUAAUACGCAAGGCAUUUCGAGAAAUAGAAAGAAUUUGAGUGAUCAAGGGAAAUUAAUUGAAAAGUAUAAGAGGAAAUUGCGAAAACCCUUUGUUCAGAUCGGAUCUGGAUAUUAUUACAUUGAAGAUGAGACCACAAUGACUUGGUUUGGAGCCGUCCGCGCAUGCCUUCGAUACGGUAGCCACUUGAUCACGCUAAAUAAUCAAGAGGAACUAGAUGCAAUCAUUCCGAGACUGACAAAGAACAUGUACUGGACUGACGUCAAUAAUCUGUCAGUAGAUGAACUCGUAUCGAUCACCACUGGAUUGAAAGCUGAAUUUCUUAAGUGGGCAAAAGGAGAACCAAACGGAGGAUCAAAAGAGGAAUGCGUGAGCAUCGUUUCACCAAAAUAUGAAAUGCAUGAUUACCCAUGCAGGACGAAAAAUUUUUUCAUAUGUGAGGCAUAUGAGGAAUAAAUAUGUUGAAAAUUGUUUCAAUAUGGAAAUGUA